AUGGCUGCCGCACCACCCCUCCUCAUCUGCUCCCUUCCCCGCAUGGUCCUCUCCCUCCUCCCUUGCUUUAUUCCUGGACCGCAUCUCUCGUCCUCCUCGCCCAAGUCUCCUCCAACCUCUCCUCUUUCUUCUUUCUCUGCAAGAAACCGAACGGAGAGGGUUUCUACCCCACAACGCCGCGCCCUCCUUGCCGCAGCCCCAUCAUCUCCGGCCACCCCAAGCCCCGCCGCCGCCACCAUUCGACGCGCCUCUCCGUCGCGCAGCUACUGGUGCAAGGAAUCGAGCCAGGAGCCCUUCAAUCAAGCACACGUUCGCCAAUUCCCUAUUCCGGCCGCCAUCUUCCGGCGACAAAUUCUUCGCCGUCCGUCCCCCUCCGCCCUCCUCGUCACGUCCUGCACAUCUCUGCAACCCGCCGACGGUGAAGCUCCGGCGACCUCCCGUGGGCGGCGCCGCCUCCUCUUCGUCCGCGCCGACAAGGCGCACCCGACGCCCCCUUCCUCGCACCCUGGGACGCCUCCAGUCGCCGGCGCGCACCAAGCUCUGCCGCGGUGACCGCCGCUCACCGCACGCGCCCGGUGUCGAACACCUCCCGUGCGUGCACGCACGCUUCGCCAGCGCGGCAGCCACCUCACCGCCCGGGCCCCACCUGUC